AUGUCGUUCUACGAGCAAAGCAAAGAGGUCACUAUCAAGGGGGCCGAAACUGAUCUCUCCACGACGCUUGUGGUGGAAGAGAGCCUCAGUUCAGAUGGCGAGACCUCCGACACGAUGCAGCCGAAGCCAAAGCGUACAUGGCAGUCCUAUGUCUGGGACACUCUGGACAAGUCUCCUGAAGAGCGACGGUUCCUGUUCAAGCUCGACGCUGCUGUAUUGACCUUCGCGACUCUGGGUUACUCUAUCAAGUAUCUCGAUCAAAUCAACAUCAACAACGCAUUCGUGUCUGGCAUGAAGGAGGACUUGGGAUUUUAUAAGAACCAGUUGAACUAUAUGCAGACAUGUUGGACUGUGGGAUAA